GAAAACAUAUAAAGCUCCCUGGGAGCAGCUCUCCCUGACUUGUCGGGGCUCCGCGGAUCUGCCCUCAGCAUGAAGACACUCCUGGUUGGUUUCCUGCUUGGCUUGGCAUGCCUGGAAUUGGCCCAGUCCUUACGAUGCUACACGUGCAAGGAGCCCACGGACAUCUCCAAGUGCAAAACAGUCACCUCGUGCCCCCUCAAGGCCAACGUGUGCACCACAACCCUGCACUCCGUGGACUCGGGUUAUCCCUUUUUUGGGAACAUCACGGUGACCAGGAGCUGUGAGGAGGAAUGUCUGCCCAACAACGGCAUUGGGGACAACAAACCCAAGUCCUGCUGCUACACCGACCUGUGCACCAGCGACACCAGGGCCAGCAGCGGGGUCAGGAGCAGCUCCUCGGCCCUGCCUCUGGUGGCCCUGCUGCUUGGGAAGCUCCUCCAGUGCUCCCUGUAGUGUCCCAAGCCAAAACACCCCCUCCCCUCUCUCUGCCAAGGGAACUCUUCGAUCCCUUGGGAAUGACCUCCUCUGCUGCUCCGUGGCUUCACUCAUCUCCCAACACUGAGAACUCAAGUGGAUUCAAGCCAAGAGUUUGGGCACCUGGAGUUAAAGCCCUCGAAUUUCCAGCUUCUGGGUGCCAACCAGAUAUUUCCUCACCUUCAGCUGCUUUUGGUCCACUUUGGAACUUCUUGGUUCUGUAGAAUCAUGGAAUGGGUUGGGAAGGGACCUUCAAGAUCAGCUCAUCCCAAUCCCCUGCCAAGGGCAAGGACACCUUCCACUAACCCAGGCUGCUCCAAGCCCCAUCCAACCUGGCCUGGAACAAUUCCAGGGAUGGGGAAACCACAAUUUCAACUUCCCUAGGCAGCUCUGGUGCCACCUCCUGAGUCAGAGGAGCAGAUGGAUCUGGUCCUGGUUUUCUGCCUGCCCAUCAGAGCGUGGAUGGCAAUGGCAGAGAGCUGGCACUUCAUUUGGUCAGGAAUAAGCUAUGGAAUGAGUUCAGAAGGGCUCAGAUUCCAUAGGUUGGGAUGGGAUGUGUUUCUGGAAAGCUCAGAACAUUCCCCAGACUCACCAGGCCAGGGUGGGUUAGACCUGGAAAACCAAAUCUGGGAAUUUGGCCACACAAACCUCUCAGGAUCCUCUGCCUGAGCUCAGGUCGCAGCCAGAGCUCCCAGAUUUCCCUUCCCAGAUGUUUUACACACUAUUCCAAGCAAAUUCUUCUGUCACUCUGCCCUCCCCUCAUCCCUCCACAGCAGGAAAGGAAAAGGAAUGAUUAUCCCAGACCCUCAACUCUGGGAAAAGCCAGUUACCAGCACUCCUGGAUAUCAGCUGGGAUUUGCUUGGAGCACCUGUGGGAUUGACUCUGCUGUCCUGUCUGCUGGAAAAGCAGCUGGAGUGGAAGCAGAUAAGGCUGA